GAGUGUGCGCGCGAAGUUUCCCGGGUGAGGGUGCCAGCGCGUCGGGGUCUGUGCUGUGUGAGUGCGCACGUGGGCACGAGCGUGUGGGGGGCAGUGCCUGCGUGCUCGUGACUGUGUGUGCACGCGUGUGCUCCCCGAAGUGUGCCCGGCUGGCGGCGGGAGAGUCCCGCUGCCUCCCCGCCCCCCGCCGCCGGCGCCCGCAGCCUCCCGCCUCCACGGCGCUCACCCCCUCCUCCCGCACUUGCCCGGCUCUCCCUCCUCUCGGCGCGCACAGCGGACUCCGCGCUCUGGCUGCCGCCGCCCGCCCGGAACCGCCGCCGCCCAGCUUGCGCCCGCCGUCCCCCCAGUGCCCGGGCACCUGUUGGAGGCAGAGACAGACACGGUGCUGCAUGAGGGGCCGCAGGGGCGAUCGCAUGACCAUCAACAUCCAGGAGCACAUGGCCAUCAACGUGUGCCCCGGGCCCAUCCGGCCUAUCCGGCAAAUCUCUGACUACUUCCCCCGCCGGGGACCAGGACCUGAAGGGGGCGGUGGUGGAGGGGGCCUUGGGGAGGCCCCUGCUCGGCUGGCCCCCCUGGCCCUGGCCCCCCCUGCAGCCCUCCUGGGGGCCACCACGCCCGAGGAUGGAGCUGAGGUGGACAGCUAUGACUCGGAUGAUGCCACCACCCUGGGCACGCUGGAGUUUGACCUUCUCUAUGACCAGGCCUCCUGCAGUUUGCACUGUAGUAUCCUCAGGGCCAAGGGCCUCAAGCCCAUGGAUUUCAAUGGCCUGGCCGACCCCUACGUCAAGGUGCACCUGCUGCCUGGAGCCUGCAAGGCCAAUAAGCUGAAAACGAAGACGCAGAGGAACACCCUGAAUCCCGUGUGGAACGAGGACCUGACGUACAGUGGCAUCACGGACGAUGACAUCAGCCACAAGGUGCUCAGGAUCUCCGUGUGUGAUGAGGACAAGCUGAGCCACAAUGAGUUCAUCGGAGAGAUCCGAGUACCCCUCCGCCGCCUCAAGCCUUCACAGAAGAAGCAUUUUAACAUCUGCCUUGAGCGCCAGGUCCCGCUGGCGUCACCCUCUUCCAUGUCGGCAGCGCUGAGGGGCAUAUCCUGUUACUUGAAGGAGCUGGAGCAGGCGGAACAGGGGCCUGGGCUGCUGGAAGAACGAGGGCGCAUCCUGCUGAGUCUCAGCUAUAGCUCUUCCCGCCGCGGGCUACUGGUGGGCAUCUUACGCUGUGCUCACCUGGCUGCCAUGGACGUCAAUGGCUACUCCGACCCCUAUGUCAAGACGUACCUGAGGCCAGAUGUGGAUAAGAAAUCCAAGCACAAAACAGGCGUGAAGAAGAAGACUCUCAACCCAGAAUUUAAUGAGGAGUUUUUCUAUGAGAUGGAACUCUCCGCUCUGGCCACCAAGACUCUGGAAGUCACAGUCUGGGACUAUGACAUUGGCAAAUCCAACGACUUCAUUGGGGGCGUGUCCCUGGGACCUGGUGCCCGGGGAGAGGCCCGGAAGCACUGGAAUGACUGUCUGCGGCAGCCAGACUCGGCCCUGGAGCGCUGGCACACCUUGACCAGCGAGCUGCCCCCUGCAGCCGGGGCUCUGCCCUCAGCCUGAGCUAGGCAAGCAGCUGCCCAGCACAGGCCCCUCAGG